AUGGAAGAGUUAAAAUACUUAUCGGGCUUCGGCUCUGAGUUCACAAGUGAAGACCCUCGGAGGCCCGGAGCGCUGCCCGUUGGUCAAAACAGCCCCCAGCGCUGUGCGUACGGGCUGUACGCCGAGCAACUGUCUGGCAGCGCGUUUACCGCCCCCAGGCACGACAACAAACGCUCUUGGCUAUACAGGAUUCGCCCGUCAGUCGUUCACAAGCCGUUCAAGCGAUCCAAUGUUUCGAAAUACCUCACGCACAAUUGGGACGAAGCUGAUCCGGACCCUAAUCAGUCUCGCUGGCUCCCAUUCGAUAUCCCUUCGACAAAGCAGGUGGAUUUCGUAGCGGGUCUUCAUACAGUUUGUGGCGCGGGAGACCCUCGCUCUAGAAACGGUAUCGCCAUCCACGUGUACCUGUGCAACGCUACAAUGGAAAAGAGUGCAUUCUAUAGCAGCGACGGAGAUUUUCUUAUAGUGCCUCAAGAAGGAGUUUUGAUGAUCACUACAGAAUUUGGAAAGAUGCAAGUUCGCCCCAACGAAAUAGCUGUCAUACAACUAGGAAUGAGAUUUUCCGUGGCAGUAGAUGGACCUACAAGAGGUUAUAUUUUGGAGGUUUUCGACGGCCAUUUUAAGCUGCCUGACCUUGGGCCCAUCGGCGCCAACGGCCUGGCCAACCCGCGUGACUUCCUGACACCUGUUGCUCACUACGAGGACAGAGAAAUUCCUGGAUUUAAGAUCAUAAACAAGUACCAAGGCGCGAUCUUCGAGGCUGAACAGAACCACUCGCCGUUCGAUGUGGUAGCGUGGCACGGGAACUACGUGCCAUAUAAAUACGAACUCAGCAACUUUAUGGUCAUCAAUUCGGUAUCCUUCGAUCAUUGUGAUCCUUCCAUUUUUACUGUCCUUACGUGUCCGUCCGUAAGACCCGGUGUUGCCAUCGCGGACUUCGUAAUAUUCCCCCCGCGUUGGUCCGUUCAAGAAAAUACGUUUAGACCUCCGUACUACCACCGAAACUGCAUGAGUGAAUUCAUGGGCUUGAUCCUGGGUUCGUACGAGGCCAAGGAGGGAGGGUUCUUGCCAGGCGGAGCGUCGUUACACUCGAUGAUGACUCCCCACGGGCCUGACGAUCGUUGUUUUGAAGGUGCUUCCAAAGCCGCGUUGGUGCCGCAGAAGAUUGCAGUGGGAACACAGGCUUUCAUGUUCGAAUCGUCACUGAGUAUGGCGAUCACGAAAUGGGGCGUCGAGACUUGCCAGAAACUUGACGCGAAAUAUUACGAGUGCUGGCAGAAUUUACCCAAAUUGUUCACUGAUAAAAUAAAUAUUUAAGGUUAUGUUGUAAAGACUGGAUCCAUUAAUAAUAAAUAUUCGUUUAUGUA